CUUGACAGUGAAGCGACGAGCACGUCAUUGGUCUGUCUCACAUGUCGGCUGAUGUGCCGGGUUAGGGUGUUUUUUGAUUCCGUAACCCAGCAUUGUUUAGCGUUUGUGUGUGUGUGUGUGGUGAUAUUGUUUUCUGUGCUGGGCCGUUUCUACGGUGACAUCUGGAGCGAUACUAACGUAUCCAAACAGGCUGGAAACGGAUCGAGACGUCGCUUUUACAUCCACGGCUGCCUCACAGAAGCUAACGUUAGCUAGCCGCUCAGUCGAUUUAAGUUAUCGACGCCAGGAUGGGUGAAGAAACCGACAAGAAGCUCAUCGACACAGGCAGUGAACCUGCCAACACCAACAAUGUCGAGGGAAACGGCGAAACGGUGGACUGCGGUGUCAAAUAUUACACACUAGAAGAAAUAAGAGUACAUAACAUGAGCAACGAUGUAUGGAUCAUCAUCAACGAUAAAGUGUACGACAUCACAAGUUUCCUUGAAGAGCAUCCGGGUGGUGAGGAGGUUUUGCUGGAACAGGCGGGUGGAGAUGCCACAGAGAGCUUUGAGGAUGUAGGCCAUUCCACAGAUGCCAGGGAGAUGCUCCAGCAGUACUAUAUUGGAGAGCUUAACAUGGAUGACAGGACAAAGCAGCCGACAAAGGAGGUACAUGACACAAAUCCAGGAGAGUCCAGCUCCUGGACCAUGUGGUUAAUACCUGCUAUUACAGCAGUUGUCGUUGGUAUCAUGUAUCGCUACUACAUGUUUGAACACAAGUCCUCUUGAGUGCUGGCAUCCUCUUUUUCAUCUCAUUUCUUUUCAUCUGGAGGCCUUGAAUUGUUUGACCAAAACCUCCUCACAGAACGCACAUAAUUAGGAGUGUGUGCGUCGUCUGCAGCAAGAAAAAAAGGGGGAACAGUUUGAUCAAUUUCUUUUGUCCUUGUCCGUCUACAUAGAGUGCACCAAAUAGACAGUUGGGCAGAGACUUUGUUAAAUUGUCUGCCUUCAGCUUCUUUGUAUUUCACUGUCACUAUGCUUGUUGUCAUCUAUGUUAAAUGUUGUCUUUAACUUUCAUAUGCAUUUGGCCCAGUUUGUAUGCUCAUUAACCAUUUGCCUGCUUGGAGGAAGGUUUUGUUAACACCAUGUAACACAGCAUCAUUACAUGGAAACACUGAAGGAGAUAUUGGUAUGCAGAAUAUGAAAUCAGGGUAAUAGUUAACAGUGACCAAUCAACUGUUAUACACUGAAUUAUGGUUAUAGUUUUAUGAUAGCUGCCUGACUCUAAUUAAGAAUUUUGAGCUUAUUCCUUUCACUCCUGACUGCACAGUUCUGCUGCUUGAUUGCAUUUAUCUCUUGGUUGUAAAUGCACAUUUAAAGUUAUGUAAUUGCAGUGUCAAAUCUUGUGUCUCAAUUUUUGAAAAUGGUGGUAAAUUAUAUUGUAUCAGUGAUUUAUUUAAGGUGGAAUAUGUUUUGACUUCUUUUUCUACAAUCCUGUUGUCAGGAAUUUAUGUAAAUGUUCAAAAUACCAGAACCAUAUAUGAAGUAAUAUACAUGUAUGUACCAUUGUAAUCAUACAAUAUUUUAUUACCCAUAUAUAAGAACUGACAGUGAAGUAUUUGUUAUUUGAUUGUUUGGUUUUUAAAUUUCCUCACUAUGCCAUUUGUUACUUAACAUUCUCACAUCUUUGUUUCUUUGUGAUGCAUCUUGAAUCCAUGUUUUGGAUGAAUGGUAUGAAUGGUCAUUGGAGGGUUUGAAUUCAGUCAGUUGUCAUUGGAGCUGUAGAUGGGUGUCUUUCAGGCCACAGUCUAUUUCAGCUAUUUUCUGGAUUCUCCUGCUGUUCAGACUUUGUACUGUUUUUGUUUAGGCAGACUUUGCAUAGUAUUUCUUAAAUAACUCCUUUUAUUGAAUAUUCUGAAAAGACAUACAUAUUACUAUCGCAAAAAGCAUUUUCCACCCGUUCACUUUACCACCAGUCAAUUUCAAUUCAAGUUCCGAAUUUCUGAAUAUAACCUGAUGCUAUUUUUACAUGUAGCUGCAAUAUUUACUUGUAGUUGGUUGACCUGAAAGACAAAUAUUUGCCUUCUCUUUGCAUUUCAACUGCCAUUUCAUGUCAUAAAAAGUCUAUUGGAAUAAAAUUAGUCUUUCAAAAAGUGAAA